GCGUGCGGCCGCGGCUCCUGCUCGCGGCCCCCCUCUCUUUUAUGAGCAGCGAGGCGGAGGAGCGGCAGCCGGGGACGCCAGGAGGAGCAUUUUUCACGGGUGUUUAUGAAUGGCACUGAUAUGGAGGAAAUACCGUUUCAGAAAGUCAAGACCAAGAGGAAGAAGUGCUGCCACUGCUGCUGCUCCCCGCCUGCUGCCGCGGCGGCGGGAGCGGGAGCCGGGCUGGGGGACCCCCCUCCCUUGCUGCUGCUGGAUGCCAUCGCCUGCGAGGACGAGUUCGACUGCAAGGAGCUGGAGGCUCUCUUCCAGAGCUAUAACCUGAAGCUGGAGCAGACGUCUACCCUCAAGGCGCUGGCCGUCCUCAUCGUGCUCACCGCCAGCCUGGCCCUUGUGGAGCUGCUCUCCGGACCCAGCCUGACCAUCUCCAAAGGCUCGCACCCGGUGCACUGCAUCAUCUUCCUCUCCCUCUUCAUCGUCACCAAUGUCAAGUACCUGCAGGUCACCCAGCUGCAGCAGAUCGUCAAGCUCACCUUGCUCUUCAGCUUCACCUUCUCCUUCCUCUGCUGCCCCUUCUCACUCGGCGCCUAUGGCAUGGAGCCCCCCAGCGCCCCCGAGCAGGGCAUGUGGCAGCUCAUGCUGGUCACCUUCGUCUCCUACUCCCUGCUACCCGUCCGGACCCUGCUAGCUAUCGUCUUCGGGCUGGUGGUGUCCGUCUCCCACCUCAUCGUCACCGCCACCUCCGUCAGCACCAAGAGGCAGCGGCUCUGGAGGACGCUUGUGGCCAAUGCAAUCCUUUUUGUCAGUGUAAAUUUGUAUGGGGUCUUUGUGAGGAUUUUGACAGAAAGGGCUCAGAGGAAGGCAUUCCUUCAGGCCAGGAACUGCAUAGAGGACAGGCUGAGGCUGGAGGAUGAAAAUGAAAAACAGGAACGUCUCUUGAUGAGUCUUUUGCCCAGGAAUGUUGCAAUGGAAAUGAAGGAAGAUUUCUUGAAGCCUCCUGAAAGGAUUUUCCACAAGAUUUACAUUCAAAGGCAUGACAAUGUUAGCAUUUUGUUUGCAGACAUUGUGGGGUUCACUAGUUUGGCGUCACAGUGUACUGCCCAAGAGCUGGUGAAGCUGCUGAAUGAACUCUUUGGCAAAUUUGAUGAGUUAGCUACAGAAAACCAUUGCAGAAGAAUAAAAAUCCUAGGUGACUGUUAUUACUGCGUAUCAGGAUUGACCCAGCCCAAAACGGAUCAUGCUCAUUGCUGUGUUGAAAUGGGACUGGACAUGAUUGACACCAUCACAUCUGUUGCAGAAGCCACAGAGGUUGAUCUCAACAUGAGAGUUGGAUUACAUACAGGAAGGGUACUUUGUGGGGUCCUGGGUCUCCGAAAAUGGCAAUACGAUGUCUGGUCAAAUGAUGUGACUUUAGCCAAUGUAAUGGAAGCUGGAGGGUUGCCUGGGAAAGUUCACAUUACAAAGACCACCUUAGAGUGCCUAAAUGGGGACUACGAAGUAGAACCAGGAUAUGGACAUGAAAGGAAUAGUUUCUUGAAGAAACAUAAUAUUGAAACAUAUUUCAUUGUGCCAUCCCAUCGGAGGAAGAUAUUUCCUGGACUGAUUCUGUCAGACAUUAAGCCUGCCAAAAGAAUGAAGUUCAAGACAGUCUGCUAUCUGCUUGUUCAGCUCAUGCACUGUCGUAAGAUGUUCAAAGCAGAGAUCCCUUUCUCCAAUGUCAUGACGUGUGAGGAUGACGAUAAGAGGAGAGCUUUAAGGACAGCCUCUGAAAAACUCAGGAAUCGUUCCUCUUUUUCUACCAAUGUCGUAUACAACACUCCUGGAACUCGAGUAAACAGAUACAUCAGCCGUUUGAUAGAAGCCCGUCAAACUGAGUCUGAGAUGGCUGACUUGAACUUCAUUACCCUGAAAUAUAAACAAAUUGAGCGUGAAAAUAAAUACCACCAGCUUCAGGAUGAAUACUUCACCAGUGCUGUAGUUCUCUCACUAAUUCUAGCUGCCUUAUUUGGCCUUGUCUACCUUUUAAUAAUACCACAGAGUACCAUAGUCCUUGUCCUCCUGGUGUUCUGCAUAUGCUUCCUAGUUGCUUGUAUAAUGUACCUACAUGUCACACGAGUACAAUGUUUUCCAGGGUGCCUGACAAUACAAAUUCGUACCAUUUUGUGUAUUUUUAUUGUGAUAUUAAUAUACUCUGUGGCUCAAGGAUGUGUGGUUGGCUGCAUGCCUUGGGUUUGGAAUACCAAUUCCAGCAGUUCAAUAGUUAUCAUUUCUCCUGGUGGAACAAAUAAAACGAUGAAUGAACUUCCAUGUGACACAGCCCACUAUGCUUUUCUUUCCUGUGUAGUGGGGACUCUCACCUUGGCAAUAUUUCUACGUGUAUCUUCCUUGCCAAAAAUGAUUCUCCUGCUUUUUGUUACAAUUUUGUACAUAGUUAUUCUGGAACUCAGUGGUUAUAGAAAAGCAGUGGGGGGUGGUUCCUUUUAUAUGCGUGGCUAUGAACCAAUACUAGCUAUUUUGCUGUUUUCUUGUGCUUUGGCACUGCAUUCCAGACAGGUGGACUUGAAGCUACGUCUGGACUACCUCUGGGCUGUGCAAGCAGAAGAAGAGAGAGAUGAUAUGGAGAGAGUCAAACUGGAUAAUAAACGAAUUCUCUUCAAUCUGUUGCCAGCACAUGUCGCACAGCACUUUCUUAUGUCUAAUCCAAGGAAUAUGGACCUUUAUUACCAGUCAUAUUCACAAGUGGGAGUGAUGUUUGCUUCCAUCCCAAAUUUCAAUGAUUUCUACAUUGAACUGGAUGGCAAUAAUAUGGGAGUGGAGUGUUUACGCCUGCUAAAUGAAAUUAUUGCUGAUUUUGAUGAGCUUAUGGACAAAGAGUAUUAUAAGGACAUAGAAAAGAUCAAGACAAUUGGAAGUACAUAUAUGGCAGCUGUGGGACUUGUACCUACUUCAGGAACUAAGGCUAAAAAAUCAAUUUUUUCCCAUCUGAGUGCACUGGCAGAUUUUGCAAUAGAGAUGUUUGACGUUCUUGAUGAAAUCAACUAUCAGUCUUACAAUGACUUUGUCCUACGAGUAGGUAUUAAUGUUGGGCCUGUAGUGGCUGGAGUCAUUGGAGCCAGAAGACCACAGUACGAUAUCUGGGGAAACACUGUAAAUGUUGCCAGCCGGAUGGAUAGUACUGGAGUGCAAGGGAAAAUUCAGGUUACAGAAGAAGUUCAGCGGAUAUUAAAGAGGUGCAGUUAUGAAUUUGUGUGCAGGGGUAAAGUCAGUGUAAAGGGAAAAGGUGAAAUGUUGACCUAUUUCCUGGAAGGAAAGGCCAAUGGAAAUAAUCCACAAACACGAUCUUUAAACUUAGAGCGGAAAAUAUACCCUUAUGGAAAAUCAAACAUUCAAACAAAACUGGGUACCAGCUGUCCAUCAGUGUCCUCAGUUGCUAGCUUUACCGUAAAUGCUGGGCUUGGAGCAGUUCAAGCAUCUGCCACUCAUACAAAUCAAACACUGCAUUAUCUUCCCUCUGUGCCGGCUGUGAAGGAGGCGUAGAGCAAAGGAGAUUUGGUUGUGCCAUUUGCAGUGAACUUGGAAAGCAAUGGUUCCCUGAAUUUUUACCAAGAGAUCAGAGGUCAUAUAGGCCAUGGCAUUAACCAAGGACCACUACAACCCAACCAAAGAGAACUUGGGAACUGUGUAAUGAACUCUUGGGAUGGAAUAUAUAAGGGCUAGCAAUUCUGUUAGAAAAGUCAAAACCUGAUUUUCUGGAAAUAAGGAAUAUUUUCUUGACAUUUUUAAUGGGUAAAUGGAAAAAAAAAAUGAGAUAAACGUGCAAGCAAUUAUUUAUGAGUGUGUGUGUAUAUAUAUGUUUUAAUUUAUAUAUGCACAUAUACAAACACUCCUACGUAGAAUUAAUAUAGUUAUAUAUGUAUAAAAAAAAAAAAGAAAAACAUUAAAAUAUGUAUUUAUUUACACAUCCACCUACAAUGACAUAGCAAAGAGAUUUCUCUUUCUGUCAUAGCCAGCAUUGUUGGGUCUGGGAUUAGAAAAGCUGCAAUUAAUUGUGGAGUGUGUGGCAGAUGAAGGUUCUCUUGGGCUACAGCAAGAAUUAGAAAAACCGUGCUCCCAAUGCAUGAGUUAAAGCAAUGAGAAGUGUUCAUUGCACUGUCAGUGGCAGAUUAACGAAGGCUGGAUUCAGGUAAUUGCUAAACCUUAUGUAUUUUUCAAAUUCUACUUGCAUGCUCCAAAACUUUGAAGAAAUUCCAAGUCAAACAAUAACACUAGGUUGUAAAAUAGAUAAACAACAGAACUUUAAUUUUGGCAGAAGAGCAAUAUGUUUUCUUUUUACAUUGGAAAAAAAAAAUCCAUUGGAGAAAAAAAAAAAAAAAAAGGUGUUAGAGUUUUAAAAGUUGCUAAUUCCUCAGAGGUUAUCAGAUUCUGUGUGAGACAGAAGAGCCACCCCCCAAAUAGAGCAAUACACUUCAGCAAUAUAGAAACAUUCCUUUAUGUAUAUUGCUGAUUUUAUCAAAGAGCAGAAGGAUGGUAUUAUGAAUUGGAUGGCUUUUGUAAACAGCAUAGGUCAUGUAACUCGGUUCCAGGACUUAGCUAUACCUUUCUAAGCUGCUCAAACAUGCUGUUGCUAGCUUUGUGCUAUUUGUAUAUUUGCCAGGUCUUAUGUCUUAAUUGAUUUCUAAAUUAAUGCCAUAGUUGUUGUUUUUUUAUAUCUUGAUUCUAUCCAGGCUCACUCCUCAAAGCUGUACAUUUAUAGAAAGCUAUAAUUCUGAGAAACAAGCACAGUCAAACUUUGCCUAACUGAGGAGCACACUGGUAAACAUACCAUGAAAGUGAAGGCUGCUCUUAACCUGCAUAAAAGGGAAUAUAUUGUGACUUCUUUUUCCUUUAAUAGAGCCCACAUCCUAUCAUAAAUGGUUUCAUUUUGAAACACCAGUCUAGAUGUGAAAUGCAUUGCGUAGGAGGGGGUAGUCUAAGAGUUACCUGGCUGUGGAUGACUGGUGACAUGCUCCAUGAACAGCUGCCAUAAUGGGGAUGCACAAUCUAACCAGGCUCACUGCCUUCCAAAAGAGAAGCAAAGCUUCAAAUUGUCAAAAAAACAUGCAAAGUUUCAUUUUAGUCAAAAAAAAAAACAAAAAAAACUGCAGAAGUUGUCAAGAUUGUACAUUAGGAAACAUAUAUAGUAUAUUCCACAUUUCCUAUUUUGUUACUGAUUUCAGUGGAAAGAGGAUACUGAAUGUGGUUCUUCUGCAAUCAGCAUAUGGACAAAUUUUGUGUAGACAUGUACAAAUUGUUAAAGAAAAUCUGCAGGAGUUUCUGUUCCCUGUGUAGCUGUGGGACUCCACUGGUUUUCAGCAAGGUUUUACCUGGUAUCCUGUCAGCUAGGUGCUUGAUUACAAAGAUAGCACAAAUACUGUUGUGAUUAAAACAACUAUAAGAAAUGUAAAUUGUUUCCUGGCUAUUGGGUGUAUACACUCUGUCUGACCUGUGAAAAGUCAAUGCAUUUCUUUAUAUUACUAACAGCUAUCCAGUUCACAGGUAUUAUUUUAGAAUUAUAUAAUUCUGUUUUGGUGCCAUUCAAAGCCAUUUAAAUAAAUACACAUAGAGAACACAAACUUAGAAGAAUAAAUAUUUACAAAAUUAAACUGAGUAAAAGGUAUCCAUGCAAAGUGCACUGCAUAUUUUAGGUUUUCUAAUAGGUUUAUAAGAAUUAAAUCACAAUGCAAUUAAGUGACAUAUUUAACCUAAAUGGAAACUAUUACGUCCAAUAGCAUUAAUCACUCAGUUUCACUCCCAAAGAGACCAAGCCACACAAUAUUUGUAGCAGUGGACUUGAUACAAUUUCACUGAUAGUAAUGAAACUUUUUUUCACAUGUCCUGUUAUUACAAAGCCGCUUCAGAUCAUAGUGUAGUACAUAACCACAUAGACCAAAUAUAAACAUUGAUCCACCUUCAAAUCUUAAAAUGGAAGUAUUUAUUUCUUACUCUUUUUUUUUUUUUUUUUUUUUUUUUAAACAGGUCCAAAAUAUAAUCAUAUUGCCAUUGUUUCUUUUGUCAUUAAAUUAACAGUGAGCAGAAUGAAUUGCUCCCUGUGCUGAUAUUUUGGGGACUGUUCUUAUUCCCAGACUCUUUUCCAGCCUAGUCAUGGAGUAAUGUCAGUGGAAAAUCAUGUAGCAAAGAAGAUCAUGUAGCAAAGGUUCUCCUUUACCUUGGGCAAAGGUUUUCUAAGCCUGAUCCUCUUCUCCAACAAAUGAAUGAGGCAAGUGUCUUUUGUAAGAAUAUUUUUCAUGUUGAAUGGAAAGGACCAGAUAGGUGCUCUCCAUUGGCUAUCUACCUGUGGGAUCCUUUUGCCUCUGGAGCAAGGUGAGUGCACCAGGAUGUCUUUUUGGCACUACAGCUAGUCCAGUUUGUGUGUGCUAUCUUAAGCUAUCAGUGACGGUGUAUUUGAAGUCAGUUUCCAGACUUUCUCCUCAUCCUAACAUUAAUGUUUUUGUUGUGGUUGUUGUUGAUUUAUCUUUCUUUUAAUGGGAAAAACUGUAUUUUUUCCUACUACUCAUGAAAAAAGUUCAGCCAAGUCACAAAUGAGUAAAAAGCCAUAUGAAAACGAUAGGCAGUAUUAAUCAGACAUUCCAGCAGGGGAGUCCAAACAUCCAUUUAAAUCGUGAUAUAAUGAAGCUGUGCUCUUACCUUUAUGCUUUCCCUUUUUUUUUGUUCAUAUAAUUUUCCUCCUUUUCCUUUUCUUGUGUAUUUUCUUGUUUUAUUUCAGAUCUUGUAUAACAGCUUUAAAUGAUAGCUAUAAUGUCUCUGCUCUUAUCUAGUAGUAAGAUUUCUGAUAACCCCAUAAAUGGAUAUUUUCUGCCAAAUUAGAGAAGUCUGUCAUAACUUCUUUUAUUGGCUGAAGAUCACAUGUGGCCAACUCUAAUAUCUUUACAAAUAGUUCUGAGGGAUUUGAUUUGGACUUACUUUAACAGGUGAAAUUGCAUUUCCUAUCUUGCAUUUAUUAAUUUCCUGGUCAAGUUUUGAAACUGUUGACUAGGUGACCUUGCGGUAGCCCCAGCAAGGAGUCAGUUCUGCUGCACAGUACCCAAAAGUCCCUAACUUUUAACUGAGGGUAGCGACAGGGUGUAUUGUAGGUAGAAUAGCAUCCUGCACUUCUGCAGCUCUUAGCUUGAAAUAAUUAACAAAUAUGAGCCCUACAACAAUGUGAUGCCAUUUUGGCAUGUUAAUGUGUGUCAAUAGCAAGCACAAUUUUUCACAUCAGUUUGCACGUUUUCUCUUUAAGAUAAUAGUAAUAGUUAAAGUUUUGUUCUUUAUAUAAGGAAAUAAGUAUCAGAGAUGUUCAAACUUACUUCACUGUUUUGGGAGCUAAUUUCAAAGUGUUCCUGUGCUACCUUUAUCUUUAAAUGAUUUUUUAAUUAUUAUUCUCUGCUGAGAUUAAAAAUUAGCAUUCAGAUGAAUUCCUGGCUAGAUAUUUCCAAACAUUUUCCAUUCACAUUGAGUAGAAACCUGUUUUAUCCAGCCUGUAAAAUGCAUUGUUAUUUGUAGAUGCUUCCAAAUGUAACUAGUUGCACUCUUGUUUUCACUAAAACAUAUACAAAUUAUCCAUUGCUUUCUCUAGGUGAGACUGAGAGUAAAAAGCUUCAGCUCACAGGGCUGAAUCUGCAUCACUUAUGGGCCCACAAGGCCUGCAGAAAUCACCAGGGAUUUAGCAUGAUUACAAAGGUCAAGAGUUGAACUUCUGUAGGCCAAGUUUUGCUUUGGGUUACAGUGAUGUCUCACUCUGGAAUUGAACCGAAGUCACUAUUUUACAGCACUGUAACAGAGUAGAUUAUAAAAGUCUCUUUCAUAUUUUUGCCCAUAAUUUGUCUGUAAGGCAAAAGAAAGUUAUUGGGAGCCACUGUUUGAAAGGAAACAGUAUAUGACCUGUGCCAUUUCAGUGCUUUGAGAAAUCCAAAUACAAUAGUAACUAGCUUGAAUCAUUUUCAUGUGUUGAAUAAAUACCUGCUUGUAGCAGAAUCAAAGUAUUUUCUCUGCAUCAGCAAGUCCAGAUUCUGUAUGUGUUCUGCCCAGGCAGGAUGACUAUUUAGCCAUAAUGUUCUUUCAAGUUAGAGUUUUGUAUUACAGUGAAAACCAACAUUUUUUUUAAUUUGUGAUAAACCUGUAUUAUAAUGCCUUAUUUAUUUUUAAUCUUGUACAGUGUUACAAAACAACAGAAAACAUUGGCCUUUCAUGUACUAUUCACUUUAAAAGAUGUAUUGUGUGAAAUUUUGUAAAUAGUUUUAGCUUUGACAGGUAAUUGCAUGUACACUUGUAUAAAAAGAGGCAAAAAGGCACACUUUUAACAAAUUUUUGUAACAGACAUUUUACAUGUGCAUGGAGACUAUAAAUCCUUUGGAAAUUGAUGUCCUUUUGGUUUUCCUUGCAAUAUACUGCAUGCCACUCAUGCCUGACUUCAGUAAAAAAAAAAAAAAAAAAAAAAAAGUUUAAAAAGUACAAAACAGUAUGUUUUACUAAAUAUUUUUUACAUAUCACUUCUGGCACAAAGUUAAAUCCACUAGUUGCAUGUGUGUUCAGCAAAGCAAAAUCUAAAUGCAAACAGCAAAAUAAGAAGAAAAAUAAUUUAAUGAUUGUGAUCUGCCAACCUCAGUGUUCCAAGUUCCAUAAUACAGUAUAUGAAAUGUGUUAUCAACAUCUAUGCUGUUUUUAUGAGGUACCUUCUGGUCAUUAGAAGCAAUAAACUCUACUUACUGUAAUACAAAAACCAAGCAGAUAUUCUAGUUCAUAAUGAUGUAAUAUCUGACAUUCAGUGGGUACUCUGUGAUACUGCAUUUGAUGUGGUAUUGUCAUCAUGCAGGACCAAGUGUCAUAUACAUUAUUGCUGUAUGCAGGUGCAACACUAUGGAAGGUAAAGGGGGUGAAUUGGCCCAUUGAUGUUACCCAGAAUAAAUUUCUAAUAUGGUAUUAAGUUAUUGUAUGUGGAAAGUACACAAUGUGAAUAGAUUAUUUUACUAGAUACAUACAUAUGUAUAUAUAUAUGUAUGUAUAUAUAUAAAUUCAUUUUGUUGCCUUAUUUUUGUUAAAAAUGUUUUUAGCCAUUUUCCAAAAACCUUCUAUUGCUAAGCAUAAACUAUUGAACAGAACUAUUAGGAGAAGGUUCACCAGGUAUUCUGGCUUUGAGCUGCCUGUGUUCUCCUGUGCUGAUGCAACUCCUGCUCCUACUGAAGCCAUGCUUACAGGGAUGCACCGCUUAUAUAUUACAGCCUGACUCACAGUUUGGGCCCCCUGUCUGGUAGUAGCGUAAGAUCAAUAAAUUAGUAACCAGUCCUCUUAACUGAUUUUUCCAUAUUGCUGCUAAACCAAACUUUAAAUUUUGGAAAUAUUUGGCAUACACCAUUUUUAAAGUUUUUAUAUCCAUGAUACUACAGUUAGGAACUACUUGAAUUACUUACAAAAGUGCUGUAUGAUAAAUCAGGAGUAUUGUAGGAGCAUAACACUGAGGUUGGUGGCAGAGGAAAAGGAGGAUGGACUGUGAAUACUUUCUAUUAUGGAUUAACAAGGACUUCUUGUAUUUUACAGCUAGUUUUAUAAUAGGACGUAGGAAUCUGUUGGUUUGUUUGAUUAAUCAAGUGAUUAUGGGAUUAACUAGGCAGUACACUUCCUGCAAGCAAUUCUGUCAUCAGAUUGUAGAUUAUCCCAUUCCAGAUUAUCAUAUCCCAGUUUGUAUGUAAGAACAACUACCUUGUAUUGAUGAUUGGCUUCAUACAGCAGUUAAGGGUUUCUAACAGUCAUAAACUAACUCAUCUCAAAUUCAGUGGAUUUUACAUCUCAGUGUAGCAUAACGGUUGUGACUAAUGACAAUCUGGACUCUGCUUCUCUACCCCAACCCUGUUUAUGAUUGGCUUUUUCCAUAACUCCAUAUAGGCUUUUAUUUAUUUAUUUAUUUAUUCUUCUUCGUUCUUCUUAAUGCCAUCUCUCACAGAGUUUUCAGGCCACUUACUUCUGAGCAAAAUUAAAUAAUGAAUAAAUAAGUAAAUCUAAAUAAAUAGAAAAACAAGUAAAGGUUAGGUGGGGCCUGCCUAUCACUCUUUAAUUAUGCUUCAAAAUGUCAAACUGCUUGGGCCGCCUGGGGUGAUCUGUAAUCUGACAAAUUCAAGGGCCUAAAGAGGGAAAGAAAAAAAAAGCAAAGAGUUAGCAGGUGUCUGUUCACAUUCACAAAAUUGUUCAAGAUCUCUUGCUGAACUGCUUUAAAAAUUCCAGACAAAAUCAUUAGAAAUAGUUGGUUGUUACCUUUUAUGCCUAUUUUCUGAUCAUGAGGAAGCACUUUGAAAUCUGAAUUAGCAUUGGUUAAUAUCCAUAGCCAAUGUGCUGAAGGGACUAGUUUUUACUCGUGCCUUACUACAUGCUAGAGGAUCUGCUUCUUUAUACUGGGAUUCCCUGUUUUAUGUCUAUUGUGGCAUCAGACAUGUCACACCAGCAUAAGACUGCAGGAACAAACAGUGCUGUGCAUCACUGUGAACCUUUUUUAUUACUUUCUUUCCUACUUCGGUUUACUACCAGCACAGCUAUGCCAGUGCAAGGAGUGAUCCAAGUGUUUAUAAAUGAAGGCCAUAGACAGGUACAUGUGGGUCCAAGUUAAAUAAAGAAAAGAUUUUCUAGAAAGCUCAGUGUACACACUGAGCUGAGUUUUGCAGGAUAUCUGGCCAGAUAGCUUGGAGCUCCUUUGAAAAAUCUGGCUGCCCUCCUCUUCAGAACACGCUUGCACAACAUGCUGAUUAAAUAUAUCCAGUACACUUACCUACAGCAUGUAUCUGCACUGCCACAUUUCCUAGUUUAACAGUCCUCAUUGCGGGCAAGGCUGAAGUGUAUUUUAAUUACCAAGAUUCUGUACACUAUUGUGUCUUACUGUUUAAGUGCCUGAUCUGCUACUUUGAUCCCAGACCUGUCAAUGAUGACCUCUGUUAUGACAAUUUUGAGUUGGCACAUUGAAGUCCUUUAGGUGAUUUCUCACUUCUUUUACUCUUUAGUGUGCAUGGGUGCAAAGGUUGUCUAUUCUUACAUUUCAAAUGCCACUCAAGUGAUAUAUCAAGCAUUUUCAAUGAAAUGUACAUGAAAAUGAAUUACUCGUGCCAUCACAACAUUGUUUAAUGAUAAUUGCAUUUCUAAAGAAUUAUGAUAUAUAGCCUUUCUCCUUUUAUUUUAUAGUGAUAUUAUUGUACUUCAAUUAAGAAAAAAGAAGUAAAGUGCUUUUGUGAGUUGCUCCAUUUACAUUUACAUAUUAGUGUUCAAAUUUGGACUUACACAAAGCAAGUUUCUGUUUUGUGUUCAAGUACCUGAUUAUUACACAGAGGUAGAUUUGGACAACAUUAUGGAAUACAUUAAAAACUAAAGUAAGGCUCUAAGACUUUACACUCAGAAAAGCAGAGUCCAAGAGCAGUUACUGUUUCUGGAGUAAUUUAACCCAAUUCAGAGAAUUCUAGAACUUCAUAAUUUCAGCAGUUUCAGCUAAAUUUGACCCAUCUCUCAAAAUUUCUGCCACUAAAACCCAUACUGCAAUUCACAACAUCUGUCCAGGUUUUAUCGUAUUGAUUAGUCCUUGUACUUUGCUGUCAAGAGGUGAAUUUUAGCCCUUCUGGUACAUGUCCAUAGUUUCUGCUUGGAAAUGAAGUAUUUUUCAGAUUUGUUAAUUGGAAAGAUUAACAAGUGUAUGUUUCCUUCUUUUUAUAAUUAAAUAUCCAGUAGCCUAAGGUAGGAAGCAAAAACAGACAUGAAGCAUGUAUUCUACAAUGAAUAUUGUUCUGCCUACACAUGAAGACACAGUGUCCAUUGGAGGCUUAUCCAUAAUUUUAGGCAUCCUAGAAAUACUUAAACAGAAUAAAUGCCAGAGCAGUAAGACUAAAAGAAGUUAGGCAAGCCUGCCUGCCUAACACCACACAGUUCUUAGUUCUUUGGAAGUAAAAAAAAAAAAAAAAAAAAAGACUUCCAGCUCAUAAACACUGCACCACUUGUUAAGAAAGUGUAUGUCAUCAGUAUGACCCUCCUGCACUUAACUGACCCUCAGUUGUUCACCUCCAUCACAUUUUUAUUGCAGUUGUUUACUGCUUUUUUUCUUCUGUAUGUCCUCCAUCACAUGGUUGCCAACCUUUUUCUUUUUUAAAAAAGAAGUGUUUUCAAAUAGGUGUUAAAGGGAAUAGAAAGAGCUUUGACAAAAUAAUGUUAGGAAGUGGCUGCAUGUGACCGUAAACCCAAGAUAAAUGAACCCUGCGGUGGGAAUGCAGACUCCAGCAACUGGCAGCACUCUGAAAAGUAAGGCUGAAUCCUGCCAGCUGCAGAGACACGGUUAAACAGGAGUGUGGUAGCCUGAUUCAUGCUGUCAUGUUUAAAAAAUAAGUGCAAACCCAUUUCAAGGGUGGUCGUGUAGUCUGUGUCUGGAGUUAUUACUCUAUUAAAAAGAAAAAAAAGAAAAAAAAAAAAGAGUAAAGCAAGAUACAGUUUGGGGGUUUAUGAGGUUGGUUGGAUUUAGGUAUUCAGUAAGAAAACCAUGCCACAGGAAUCUUACCAGCUGCUUUAGCUGCAUAUGUUAGCAGCAAAUUCUGCAUUGUUUGCAAACUAACUUGAAUAUUCUGCUUAGACUUUUGGGGGGAAGUCAUUUGCAUCAGGUAGAGAUAUUCCAUUCCUCAAAAGGAAAACCAAAUGUACUGUUUUCUUUAUUUGAUUGGCAUACAAGGUUUCCGAAGAUCUUUUAGUCUGAUUUACAGCCCAGUACAGCUAAUGCUUAUAUUAACUUCAAUGAUUGUUGAAUUGCUAGAUCAGGCCUUAAUUUAAGGUCUGUUCCUCUCCCACUGAUGUCAAAUGUGUUGUUGCCAGUGACUUCAAAGGGACCAGGAGGAGGCCUUUUGUAUCGUAACAGAAAUAUCUAUGUAGGUAAAUAAAACAAAUAGUCAUAGCUUUAAGAAAUGAAUUCGUAAGUCAAGAUGACAUUUUUCCAACUGUUUUAGCCCACUGAUACCUAUACAUAAUUUUUGUAACUAUAUAACUAUACACUAUAUAUAUAUAUGUAUGUAUAUACAUAGUACAAUACAAUAACUUAACACUGGGUAACUUAUAAUGAUAGAUUUGCAUUAAUAAUACGGGUCUUUUUAUGUAAAUAGAAUAUUGUAGAGUAUCUUCCAGUCUUUUUCAGGAUUGUUAAAUUGAGAAAAGCAAUUGAAUAUUUGUCCUAUUUUUAUGUUAAAAAGUGAAUGGACUGAAAUGUUAAAUGUGAAUGUAAAUUUCUUAUUGCAACUUUUAUACUGAGUGUUUGCACUAUUAUAAUUUCUGAAAUCCAAUUAAAAAUAAAGGAAAAAAAUCUGCUUGAAUAAA